AUGGCCCCGCCCUCUGAUCUCCCGAGAAUCUGGCCGGCACCUCUACCCUUGUCGCCGUGGCCCCACCUCCUCUUCCCUCUCCCCAAGACUCACUUGCCCCUCCCCGCGGUCUCCCAUACCCCCCUCCUUUCCCUGCUCGUUCCAGUCCCUCUCUGGCCAUACGGGCUCGCUCAGCCCCCUGGGCCAAGCUGCCACUCCUGGCCCUGCUCUCCUGCUUCCCUUCGCGCACCUCUCCCGACUGUCCCCACUGACUACCUCCCCUUCCCGUCUGCUCCCAUCGUCGUUCCGGCGAGUCAUGACUCUGCUCCCACACCCUCGGGUCGGCUUCACGCGGCUAAUGUCUCGCUGGGGGUGGCGACCACUCCCUUCUCUCCUGCAGCCGUGUGCCUGGCGGCGCGCGUCCUGCUUCCUCCUGCCCUUCCUCCCGCCAACGGCGCCGGUCAGGCGACCGCGAUUCUCCUCUGGUUCCCCCCCCCCACUGUUGCCGCCUGUGCGGUGAACGUGACCCCUCCAUCCGCCGCCCCUCCCUACGCCGCCGCGUUUCUGGCGAGUGAUGCUCCCCCCCAUGGCCUCCUCCCAGCGCCCGCGUUGGCGCCCCAGAGCGAACCGUGCUCUCCUCCGCUCCUCCCCGUCUUCCUUCCGCGCCCCCAUACCGUUCGGCCCUUGGCGGCGGUUCCCUUGACGAGCGCGAGCCGCAGUCGCUCGCCUCCGCCCGCCGACGCUGGACUCCCGUUGCGUGUUUGUCCCCUGCCUCGCUUCGUCCGCGCAUUCCCCGUGUCGGCAUCGUGCGUGUCCCUCCCUCCCGAGCCUGGCCUUCCGGCUGCGGUGCACCGCGGGCAGGCUGUCCUUCCCGACGGUUGGGGCCCGUCGCACGCGACCCCCUCUCCUGCGCCUCUCCUUCCUCCUCUAUCGUUGUCUCUGUGGUGCCGGCGUGUGUCGCACCGGGCGCGCGCUCUCCUUCCUCGACUCCGCCUGGGACGUGGGGUCCCGCGCGCGUCGGCUCGCCGCCGUCUCGCCGCGGGUCGUGGUGCUCCUGUUCCCCGCCGUGCGCCCGCUCGCCGUCGGCCUCCUGCCCUUCAUCGCGCUCUUGCUCCCCGCCAUGCUCCCGCUCGCCGUCGCUAUCCUGCUCGUCGCGUAUUCAGGCUCGUCACUGCGCUCCGUCUCCUCGCCGUGCGCCUGCUCGUCGCGGUGCCACUGCCCGUCGUCGUACGCCGGCCCGUCGCCAAGCUCCCGCUCAGCCUCCUCGUGCUCACGCUCCUCCCGCGUCAGUUCGGCCCGCGGAUCCUCCUACCCAAGCCCACCUCCUAG